UCAAAGCCAUGCCAUAAGUCAAGUCAAUUAUGGUAUAAUAUUAUAUGGCGUCAAAUGGUAAACGUAUUUGAAAACAAUAGAUUUUGGAAGCAAUUUAUGAAAUAAAAAUGGAUUAAUCAAUUGAUAUUACUAUUGACUGGUAAUAGAUAAAAUGGCAACCGCUUUCGAGUCUACCACAACAGACGGUGCUUGGAUAGAUUUUUGUGAAAGACAUGCACAAGCAGCAGCUCAAGAUUUUUCGAAAAGUUGUAUGCAGUACAUGAACAUGAAUUUACCUGAGUCUAUUAAGUCUACUAUUACUCACAAAGAAUUCUUGAAAAAAUUCAUGGAGUCUUUCACUGAACAAUUUGAAAUGGACUUCAAUAGGAGAAGAAUGAACAACACAAAAAUUUCAAAUGGUCUUGGCACAAGAAAUGAAACUGAAAUACAAGAUAAUGAAGAAGGCUCUCCAAAAAUGCCCCACAAGCCAUUUUUCAGAAGGCUCAGCUUUAAAGUAUUACGAAAAAGUAAAGAUCUCUUCCAUAAGCAACAUUCUGAUGAUGUAGAUAUAGCACACAAUAAAACCAAAUUAGCAAAGAUUGUAGUGGAAUGUAGAAAGGAGGGAAUUGUCAACUAUUCAACACCUGAGACCUUGGAUCAGCCUAGUGGACCACCUAGAUGGGAAAGAUGUAGGUUACAACUAGUGAAAGCCACUGGAGGGUACAUGCUAGAAUUCUACUCACCUCCUAAGAAUCCAAAGCCUCGAAGUGGAGUUUUCUGUGCUCUCAUCACUGAAGCUAGGGAAACAACUGCUUUGGAAAUGCCAGACCAUGAAAACACCUUCGUUCUGAAAGCAAGUAACAAUUUGGAGUUUGUUAUAGAAGCUCAUGAUACUGAUGAUAUGAGAUCAUGGCUAGCAACAAUUCGAUAUUGCAUGCGUUCAGGCCCUGGGGGGUCAGACACUGGUCAAGGGCAUGAUCACAUGAAAGAGUAUCAUCAUCAUUCCGAUGCACCCGACUUACCGCCAAGACAUCCAGGGAGAGGAGGUGAUCGACUAUCUUCCAGUUCUAAUUUUGAAAUAUGUCCCUCAUCCUUGGAUCCUAUGAGUUCAUUAGAAAAUGACAUUGGGCAAACACUGAAAUCAGAGCUAUGGUUUCAUGGGACAUUGGGAAGAUCUGAAGCUGCUCAGCAAGUCCUACAUGAUGGUGCUGCUGGGCACGGACGAUUCUUAGUUAGGCAAAGUGAAACAAGAACCGGCGAGUUUGUUCUCACAUUCAAUUUUCAGGGGCGAGCGAAACAUCUGCGAAUGACAAUAAAUGAACAAGGUCAAUGCAGGGUUCAGCAUUUUUGGUUCCAAUCCAUCUACGAGAUGUUGGAGCACUUUCGGUCCCAGCCUAUUCCUCUAGAAAGUGGUGGUAACUCAGAUGUCACACUUACUGACUAUAUCCUAAAUCCUAACGCAAGGCAGCAACACCAGUCUUCCAUGGGUCGAAGCACUAGUGGGCCAAUGCCUAGUAGUACAUCUCAACCAGCAGUAACCAAUGGCCACGAUAGACGUGUACCUCCCAUUCCGGAAGUUAGACAAGUUCAGAGUUACAAUGGUAGCGUUAGAACUCAGGAAACAUCAAUAGAGCAAAUACAGGCUGAAGCUUCAAGUCGGGCUGUUGAUAAUCAGUACAGCUUUGUUUAGGGCAAGGACUCAAGUUGAUCGGUAUCAAGCUGAAAAUCAAGGAGGAUUCUCUUCUAAAAAAUAAUUAAUAAGUAAGAAACUACUCGAAGUAUUAUUAUUAUUAUUAUUACUAGGUGAAAAAAGUGCUUCCUCUCUCUGUAAUGACAGUCUCAUAGAAGGUAUAGUUGCGUAAAAUUA